AUGAUGACCAUUCUAAAUGUUCUAUUCCAACAGAUAAAGGGAAGAAAAAACAUGGCAAAACGCAACAUCAGUGUUGUGGUUGAAUUCAUUCUUCUGGGAUUUGCUGACCUUCCCAACUAUCAAGGCUUUCUGUUUAGUAUUUUCUUAUUUAUCUAUAUGGGUAUUUUGGUGGGAAAUGGCCUCAUUAUCAUAAUUACCAAAAUAGAUCCGACUCUCCAAAUCCCCAUGUAUUUUUUCCUAAGUCACUUUUCCUUCCUAGAAAUCUGUUACACAUCAGUGACUCUCCCCAGAAUGCUGAGAAACCUUUUAACCCAGAAAAGAAAUAUUUCCUUUCUGGCUUGUAGUGUGCAACUAUGUUUCUUUCUCAUUCUGGGAGGCACUGAAUGUUUUCUCCUGGCGGUUAUGGCUUAUGACCGUUACAUGGCCAUUUGCAAUCCGCUAAACUAUCCUCUUAUUAUGAAUCCCAAAGCCUGUAUCAUGUUGGUAGUUGGCUCCUGGAUCAGUGCUAUCCCAGUUCAGAUAGCAGAAACAUACCAAAUAUUUUCCCUGUCUUUCUGUGAUUCUAACAAACUCAAUCAUGUAUUUUGUGAUGUACCUCCAUUACUAAAACUGGCCUGUGGGGACAUUUCUGUAAAUGAAUUCUAUUCCUAUGCUGGUGCUAUAUUAUUUGCUAUGAUACCUUUUCUACUGAUACUUUUGUCCUAUAUCAAAAUAAUCACCACUAUCCAGAAACUUCCAUCAGCCAUGGGGAGACAGAAAGCCUUCUCCACUUGUUCUUCACACCUCAUGGUGGUUGUCUUAUUUUUUGGGUCUGGUAUCAUUUCAUAUUUGCUACCUAAUUCCAAAAAAUCACCAAGUAUAGACAAAAUUCUGUCCCUUAUCUAUUCUACUGUGACCCCAAUAUUUAACCCUCUGAUAUACUGCCUGCGGAAUAAGGAUAUCCUUAUGGCAUUGAAGAAAUUCUUACUCAAGUGA